ACAAUUUUUUUUUAAAAGAAAAAAAGAGAAAAAAGAUGCAAGUUUUGAAUGAAGGUGCGGUAUUAAUCAUAAUGCUAAUCUUGUUCCUAAUGACGUCAUCGAUGGAUGCUAUUCGUGAAGAACCAUCUUCGAUUGGAAUCGAGAGAAAGAUCCCAAGUGGUCCUGAUCCUAUACAUAAUCCUCCUCCACCUUCACCAAAACAGCGCCAUGUGAUUGAAGUCGAGGAAAAACAUAUCCAACGGUCUUGGAAUUAUGAGGAUUAUGAGUCUCCUCAUAAACGUAAUCCUAUAUAUAAUAAUUCUCCCCAGCCUUCACCAGAUUCUCUGUCAUUUGAGUGGAGUCGAGACAAUAUCAAAUGGAAUUCAUAAAAACUUCUUUUAUUAAUAUAUGUUAAUGUAUGUUAAUGUUUCACAGAAUAAAUGU